AGUCAAGUGACACUGAGUCACAUGUUAUGCUGAGUGGUCAGCUGACUCACAGUGAGGCUCCAUAAAGCCUUCGACGCAAGACGCAGUCUGCGUUCAUUACACUUCCGUUCGUUAGAGGAAAACAGCGGAGUCAUGCUGCUUCUAAGCCUCCUUUUCGUGUCGUCAGCUGUGGCCAUCCCUCUCCUGGGCACAGAGCAGUGUGCUCGUGGACCCCCUUACUGGUGUCAGAAUGUGAAGACUGCGUCUCUGUGUGGAGCGGUGAAUCACUGCCAGCAGAACGUAUGGAACAAACCCCAGAUGAAAGCUGUGCCAUGCGACUUGUGUAAAGAGAUAGUCAUGGUGGUCUUACAGGUUUUGAAGGACAAUGCAACACAGGCGGAAGUUCUUGGCUACAUGGAAAAGGCCUGCCAGCUCAUUCCUGACAAAGGUUUGAGUGCAGAGUGCAAGGAGAUGGUUGACAAUUACUACCCCAUCGUCAUCGGAAUCAUCAUUGGAGAACUGGAUGAUCCCGGUGUGGCUUGUGGCGCAAUCGGCCUUUGUCGCUCCCAGCAGAUGGCCCUGGCUGAGUUACAUCAACAGCUCCUGUCCAACGAGAUCCCACAAAUUGACCUUUCCCAGCAAGCAACACCAUUCCUCCUCAAUGUGCCACAGAUCCUCUAUCCACAAGAGACUCCCCAACCCGAAAAAACUCCAGUAGAAGGAGCUGCUGAUGUGUGCCAAGAUUGCAUCAAGUUCCUUACUGAUGCCCAAGCAGAAGCCAAGACCAACUCCUCAUACAUAGACACUCUCAUUGAGAAUAUUGAGAAGAAGUGUGACCAGUUGGGACCCGGUUUGUCUGACAUGUGCAGACAGUAUGUCAGCCAGUAUGGUGUUCUUGCUCUUCAGCAGCUUUUUGCGAUGAAGCCCACAGAUGCAUGUGCCCAUGCUGGUUUCUGUAGUGCCGUGAAGAAGUCUGCUCCCAUGGUGCAGCUGCAGCCUGCCAAAAUGUUACCUGCAGCAAAGACCUUGCCUGCUCUCAAUCUUGUUCCUGCCACCAAAGUGGAAUCUGCCAAGUCUGCAAAACGUAUGGUGCGGGUUCGUGAAUCCCCAACAUGUGCAAUCUGCGAGUUUGUGAUGAAGCAGUUGGAAGCCAUGUUGGAAGAUCAGACAACUGAGGAGGAGGUGAUAAAAGCUGUGGAGCGGGUUUGCACAUAUUUGCCAUCCAGCCUGACUGGCCAGUGUAAGGACCUGAUUGAGACAUACGGACAGGCCAUCAUCGAGCUGCUAGUGCAGCAGGUUGACCCCAAGACAGUCUGCACGGUGUUGGCGCUCUGCAAUGAUGCCAAGCGUGCAUAUGUCCCUGCCCUUGAUGUGACCACCUACAAAGUUGGUGGCUACUGCAAGGUGUGCAAGAUGGCCGUCGCCUACAUUGAUGGAAUCCUGGAAAAGAAUGCAACUGCGACGGAGAUUGAAGAUGCAGUGAGAAAAGUUUGCAGCUUCCUGCCGGACUCCUACAAGGAGGAGUGUGACCAGCUGGUUGAACAGUAUGAGCCCAUUCUUGUGCAGCUACUGCUUCAGAUGCUCGACCCUGACUUUGUGUGCCUGAAAUUGGGUGCCUGUCCUGAAGCAGUACGCAGGAUGCUGGGAGUCGAGCAAUGCAGCCUGGGACCUUCAUUCUGGUGCAGGAGCAUGAAAACAGCCACCCAAUGCGAUGCUGUGGCUCACUGCAGGCGCCAUAUGUGGGCAUAGAAGAGGAGCAACACAAACUGACUUUUGAAAACUUUUUUUUUUUGGGAAUUAACUGCAUUGCUGCUUCCUACUCAACUAUUGUUCUUUUCUCUAUUAGACUAAAUAUGUUUAACAUAAUUUGAUAUGAUUUGUGACCUGCACUGUCUUUCCCCUCGGUGGCCGGGGUUAGUUACGUGUCUACUGACUGGCUUGCAUUCUGAAAACAGGCCAGUUCACCAAGGUUUUGCAUAUUUAGGUUGAUUUUAUUUUUUUUUGUGUCCUGCUUGCUGGUCUGAUCAUAUGUAAUAAAUGUCACGUUUUACACGUAGGUGCAGAGUCAACAGCCAGCAGGCGGCUUUUCGCCUAGCAGUCAGAGCUAACACAAACUGUUAAGUAUGACAGACAAGUGUAACCUUUAGCGGUGUGUUCUCUUCUAAAGCAAAUGUUGAUCUUUGUCAGCCAGAAUGUUUUACUGUGCAUUGUUUUUGUUUUUUUAAGGAGAUGAUAUAAGGUAGUGAGACGGCCUUGGUGUGUUCCUCUUGUUGUUUGCACUUUCCCAACAGUUCGUAAGUGGUAGCUUUUUCUAACAUACACAAAAGCAUCUUGUGUUCUGCUUUAUGUCCUGAGCCAGCUUAUAUUUGAUCUGCUAAUUUUAACUAUUAAAAUAAUCCCACCCCCUGGAA